GGAAAACAUUGCACAAUAAUUUUGCACAAUAGUUAAAGGCCAAAUAUAGUUUCUCAUGGCUACUUGAAUCACUUUCAUAUGUAAUGGAUGCAUUUCAAAGUGUCAAGCAGUGUGGUAGCGAUAUUUUAUUUAGUUUGCAUGACUUUGAUCCACCGAUAUCGCCCGUGGAAGAUCCCAGAUCUGUGUCGGGUUUGGAUGGAGGAAAGAUCAUUGAGUAUGUUUUGGAGUCUGCCAGGAUAAGAAAUGCAGUUACUGAGAUUGCAUCCAAGCAAGGAAGAAGUGUUGAGGAUGUUUUUGCUGAAGUUAAAGUACUAUUGGCUGACAUUGGACACACUUUUACAUUGAAGAGCAUUCGUUUCAUGGCCUAUUUAUUGAGGAAGGUUUUUAGGAAUAUCUAUUCUGGCAUCAAAGUUAACAUGGAAGGAUUAAACAAGGUUAGAGAGAUAUCAAAAGAGUGUCCUGUGGUAUUUGUGCCUUCUCAUCGUAGCUACACAGAUUUUCUUCUUGUUUCAUUUGUUUGUUUCAUUUUUCAACUGCCUCUGCCUGUCAUUGCUGCAGCCCAAGAUUUCAAAAGCAUGAAAUUAAUUGGUGGACUUCUACGGAACUGUGGUGCAUUUUACAUGAAGCGAAGUUUUCGUUCUGACGAGCUGUACUGGGCUGUCUUCUCCGAAUAUGUGCAAUGCUUGUUGUUGAAUAGCGGGACAACUAUGGAAUUCUUUCUUGAAGGAACUAGAAGUAGAUCAGGGAAGAGUUUACAUCCAAAACAAGGUCUCCUGUCAAUCAUCACUGACGUUUACUUCACGUCACGUGUUCCUGAUAUUGUGUUCUGUCCAAUCAGCAUCAGCUACGACAGAGUUCUUGAAGAGACUUUGAUGGCGCGAGAGUUGCUUGGGGUGCCAAAACCAAAAGAAUCCCUUAAGGGUCUGUUGAACUCACGUUCUGUUCUCUCGGAUGAUUACGGUUAUGCCUACAUGUAUUUUGGGAAACCAAUUUCGCUAAGAGAGUUUUCAGAUGGAUUAGUGAAUAGAUCUCAAAGAUCUUGUAUUCCCAGGUCAAUAAGGAACGAAGCAACUGCAGAUGAAAUGAAUGUCGUUAGAAAACUUGCCGGGCAUAUUUUAGAGAAAAUACAAGAAAAUUUGAUCGUGUUACCCAAUAUGAUAGUCGCGUCGAUUAUUCUUCAAUAUCCGACCGGAAUUGAUCUGGAGCUUCUCACAAGAAAGUAUGAAUCUACCCUGGAAUGGUGCAAGAAAUGUGAUGUGCCAAUCGCAAGAAAUGAAAACUGUGAUUUGAAAGACGAUUUAGUUCAAAGUUUGCAGCUACUGAAAAGUUCUGUAUUUGUUACCGAUGAUGAUAAAGUUUGCUUGCUGGAAACUGAAAACUAUCCUGAGGGGUUUAAGAAUAAAGUUAGUGCAUUACUGGAUGCAAGAAACAGCCUUGAAAUCACAAGAGACACAGAACAUUUGAAUGAAGAGACGAUGAACUCAGAGGCAACUAGCCUUGGUGGACCGUCGUUGUUGACUGAUUUGAAAGCAUUAAACGGGGAAGAAAAGAAUUAUCUUGUUCAUUUGACUUGUGUUCAUCUGCAACUUGCUCAUCAACGGAAUCAACUGCUUCACUGGUUUUAUAUCCCAGCCAUGGCGGCCCUUGUUGCUCGAACUUGUGCAAGCAAUAUUUCCGAAGAUUAUCUUUACAAAAGAGCAAAGUCGAUUGGUGAUCUGGUCUGUAUGGAGAUAGCGAAGGACUCGUUUCCUUCUCAACAAGAAUUCGUAUCUGGUCUAGAAAAGUUUAGAGAAUUGGGCAUGUUUGAUCGUCGUGGUGAAUUUUAUGUUGUAAAUCAGACAGAGUCCUUUCAUUUCAUUUCUCGUUUAUGGAAACCUAUUAUCACCUCAUACUGGCUCAUUUCUUGCCAUAUUCUUAAUUUUUGCGAACACGGGAAGGAGUAUCAGGCGAACACGUUAAUACACAAUUGCCAAGAAUUCGCUUUGGAACUUUUCUUGAAAGGGACGGUUCAGGAUCUGGAGAUACAAAGUCUUGAAUUAUGUAGAAAUGGAAUAAAAUCACUGCGAAAACUAGAAAUAAUCAAACAAAUAAAGCGAGAUUCAAACGACAUGAUCGCAAUAUCCAAUAAAUCAUCUCUAUACAACACAACAGUCACGUUAGAAGACAUUCUACAUCUUAAAUUCACGCGGCAACCUUCCACACGGAGUAAACUUUAACGGACUCAUAGGUAUGCGUUUUCUGCAAUACAGCUUCAAAAACAGUAUUGAGUCAGUUUCCAUUUUUGGACGAGAUUUGAAACGAUCUUUGUUCCUUUAAUGAUAUUGUCAUGCUGACCUGCUUUCCUGUGAAGUCAAUUGCAUGAUUCUAAUAUAGAAUUUGAAACAAUUAUUGAAUUCCGAAAUUGAUAAACCGCAAUAACUCGUAUCUAAUUGGUAGAUAGACUAUACAGCAAUACAAUAAUAUUUUUAUGACUGUAGUAAAUGUCUGGCGUAGCGUCAAAGAUCGUAGUAGAAAUAAUACAACAACCGUAACACCUGUUACAUGAAUAUUAACAUGUGUAUAUAUCUCAUGAAUAACAUUUUAUUCAAUGACAGAUCGAAUAAAUUACAGGACGCUUAAAAUAACACAUUAUUUACAUUCAAAAAAUAUGAAAAUAAAAUGUUGCCUGGUAUAAUUUCAUUCGUUUCUGCCGCUAUUCCGUAAAUUAAUCUGAGGUAUCCGGUGUUUCCGAAAUACUUCAUGUCUAAAUUGCUUUCUAAUUAUUAUCCACGAAUGUAAUUUGUU